AUGUGUUUCGGCAGCAAAGCCGACAGGGAUGAUACUCCCGCCCCGCGUCCCGCACAACGACCUACCUCGGCCCAGCAAGACUUCAAGAUGAGCAGCAAUUACCACCAACCCCAGUACGCGCCGCCUGCUGGCCCGCCUCCCGCUCAAAGUUCAGCCCAGAACUAUGGCCCUCCCUCCGGUCCGCCACCCAGCCAGUCGUACGCGCCUCCGAGUGGUUCACCCCCGGGUCAGAGUGAUGACUUCGCCCCACCUCCCGGCCCUCCUCCGGCACAUGGGGGCUACGCCUCGCCGUCCGGGCCUCCUCCCGGCCAGUAUGCGCCGCCACCUGGUCCUCCUCAUUCUCACCAGAACAACGACUUUGCACCCCCGCCCGGCCCCCCACCCGCCCACGACUACACAGCUCCUCCGCCCGGUCCCCCGCCAUCGGAUUCGAAGCCGAAACAUGACUGGGAGGCCGCCGUCCCAGACACCACCCUUUUCCCGCCGCCGCCCGCCUUUUUCAGCGGCUUCGAUCGUUCGCCCGCGAACAACUCUACCGAGCAGGAGGCCGAGGCGGGUGAGGCGUGGGUCAACCAGUAUCCCCUUGUGCAACCCAUCGACCUGGACCCCACCGCUCUCGAUGCCCUGCGCACUCACAGGAUAUGGCUGCUCCAGCCUCAAGGGUUCCGCGGGACCAUGGCCCAACCCGUCUCUGGUAAAUGGGAGGUUUCUACGCAACGGAAUGCCCCGGACAGCACUAUCAUUGGGUUCCCCCCUCUCUACUCCGUCAAGACGCACUCGCCUCACGCCACGGGACGUCCCUUCAAGAUCUACUACGAAGUCAAGGUUCGCGGUUCGGCGAGGGAGGUUGACCUCGCUCUUGGCUUCACCGCCCUCCCCUAUCCCAACUUCAGACUCCCCGGGUGGCACCGUGGCAGUCUUGCGGUCCACGGCGACGACGGGCACAAGUACAUCAACGACAGAUGGGGCGGCAAGACCUUUACAGACCCUUUCCGCCCUGGCGAAACACUCGGCGUCGGUAUGUCGUUUACUGCUCAGGCCGGCAGCAUGACCGUCGACAUCUUCUUCACCCGGGAUGGCAGACUAGUUGGCAGCUGGAACCUUCAUGAGGAGAGUGACGCCGAGCAAGACCUGCCGGUCACUGGACUCGAGGGAUAUCACGACCUGAGCUGCGCCAUCGGCACGUUCCAGAAGAACGAGUACGACAUCAUCUUUGAUCCAAAUUUAUGGAAGUACAGACCGUAA